GGAAGUGAAACAAUGGCCUGGUGGAAGUCGGAAGGUAGCCAUGGGGAAGUGGGGCAAAGAGAAGGGCGGAAGCUGUAGGAGAGCAGAGAUGGCCACCCUUCCCUGUGUGCUGCUGACGAGCUGCGCUCCUGGAAUCAGCGAAGAAGAGCUGGUCGCACAAAUUAUUGGCAAAGAGGAGUUUCCUGGCAGCACACAAGGAGACAAGGCGGUGAAGCAGUACCCAUGGAGGAUAGAUAACAAGUACUACUGUGCUGAUGUGAAUAUCUGUGUGGUGCCCAGCACAACCCAUGUCACUGCACAAAUAGCUGAGACAGUCCAGGCCUUCAUUGUCUACUUUGACAGCAAAACGAAACUGGGUCUGGAGAAGGUGUCUGCGUGGCUCCCACUGUUGGAAGACUGGGUGCUGGAUGUGAUGAUCCUGGUGUGCGACCGCGUAUCAGACGAUGGAGUGAACCGCCAGACAGCACAGGAGUGGUGCAUCAAGCACGGAUUUGAGUUGGUGGAACUGAACCCCGAGGACCUGCCAGAUGAAGACGAUGAUUUCCCAGAAUCCACUGGUGUUGCUCGCAUUGUCCAGGCCUUGAAUGCCAAUGUGUGGUCUAAUGUGGAAAUGAAGAGUGAACAAGCCUUCGGGAUCUUCAGCUCAUUGGCUGCAGUGAAUCACACCCCUGAGACCAGCGACGAUCUGCAGGGAGAUCAGGCUCCUGCGCCCAGUGAAGGGACUGUAGAUCAGUGCAGAGGAGAGGACUCUGGAAACCCCCGGGAAUCACAAGCUGAUACCAUAGUAGAUCCAAUGCUGGACCUGGACAUUCGAGAGCUCGCCAGUCUCACCUCGGGGGAGGGAGACAUAGAAAACUUCAGCCGGCUUUUUACCAAACUGCAGGAGAUGAAAGAUAAAGCUGCCACUUUACCUCAUGAACAGAGAAAACUGCAUGCAGAAAAGGUUGCCAAAGCUUUCUGGAUGGCGAUUGGAGGAGACCAGGAUGAGAUUGAAGGUCUUUCUUCUGGUGACGAGAGCUGAGAGCCAAUAAGAGUGGAGCAUGAAGACCACUGUCCUGGUUUAGUCAGGCUUCCAUCCUCCGUUCUACCUGCAGUGCUGGCCGGACUCCAUAAUGUUUCCACUUAGUAGUUACUUGUCAGUGAUUGUUUGCUUGUAUAUUUAUUAGAGGAUGACAGAUCUAAAUAAAAUAUUUUAUAUUCAUUAAA